AUGGAACCAAAGGUUUCAACGAGAGUAUUAGUUACCUUGUCUUCAAAGGCGAAUCCACUUGUCUUGAUGAUUCGAUUGAUCCUUUUAACGCUGCUGGCAUGGUGGUUCAUGUUUCCUCAAUGUGUGAGUUCCAUGUCUAAUGUAAUGUUGGAUCAGUACUCUUCGCAUGUUGGUGAGUAUAACAACGAUCACAUGAAUCAUGUCGUUUCAACAAGUGAAGAGGAUGAGUUUUCUCAUGAAUGGGGAAAUGAGCAAGUCGAGGAGGAUAUUUGGAGGUCCAUCUCUCACGAGAGAAUGGCAAGAAGACAAAGCCUCUUUGAAGAGAGUGAAUUCUCCAUGGCCCUUGCUGAGUUAUUUUACGCUGAGAGAGCCAUGACAUGA